AGAUGUCCCAAUGCACAGUGGAAUACAAUGUGUCUGAAAUCACUGAAUAUGUAUUGUCUACUCUAGGUGAACGGUGCCAAUCGGCAGGAAUAGUAAUUCCAACAGUCAUUAUUUAUGGAACUAUUUUUCUACUUGGAUUAUUCGGAAAUAUUUGCACAUGUAUCGUAAUUGCAGCAAACAAAUCUAUGCACAAUCCAACAAAUUACUAUUUAUUCAGUUUGGCGGUUUCAGAUAUUAUUGCCUUGAUAUUAGGGCUCCCCAUGGAGUUCUACCAAUCCCUUGAUUACUCAUAUCCAUAUCGAUUCAGUGAGGGAAUUUGUAAAGCUCGGGCUUUUCUCAUUGAGUUCACUUCAUAUGCAUCAAUAAUGAUUAUUUGUUGUUUUUCAUUUGAGCGGUGGCUGGCAAUUUGCCAUCCACUUCGUUCAAAAAUAUUCUCAACUCUCUGGAGAGCCAAUGUUCUUAUUAUUCUUGCUUGGACUAUUUCAUUCGUUUGCGCUCUACCAAUUGCAUUCAUAGUUCAAAUCAACAAACUCCCCCUUCCAGAAGACGCAAAAUAUCAACCAUGGACUAACAAGGUCUCAACGGAUGGAAUAUUCGUACUUCACACCGAAUUCUGUGCAAUGAACCAAAGUCGUCCGGAUCAACAAAAAAUGAUUAUUAUAUUUGCAUUCACUGUGUUUUUUGUUAUUCCAGCGAUUGCGAUCGUUAUUAUGUACGCGCAUAUUGCCGUUCAACUAGAAUCAUCAGAAAUUGACUUGAAAGGAGAUAAAAUGGUAAAGAAAAGAAGGAACAAAAGCAAUAGGACAGUUCUGAAGAUGUUGUUAUCGGUUGUCAUCACAUUUUUCAUUUGCUGGCUUCCAUUCCAUAUUCAGCGACUUUUAUCUGUCUAUACGACGUGGUCCGAAACCACGACAAUAUCACCUCCGGUGCAAUUCCUAUCUAUGAUUGUCUUCUACAUCUCAGGAUUUUGCUAUUAUUCAAACUCUGCUGCGAACCCAAUUCUGUACAACAUUCUGUCUCAAAAGUAUCGAAGUGCAUUUUGUCGGACCAUUCUAGGGGACCAUAUUGCUAAUUUUGUGUUUAAAGGUCAUCAGAGACCAGGGCAGUCAAAAAGAUGCUCUUCCUCAACAGAAGCCGAACAAAGAACUCUCAUGACACGUGGAAGUGUACGUGUAGAUAAGCCCCAUCGUAAAUUGGAAGUACACAACUACUGACAUAAUGCUAACACACGAUUUUAUUUUUGCUUUUAUUUGACUACAUCCUCUAUGAAACAUAUCUUUGAAACCGAUUGUUUGAUAAAACCGUUUUUGCCUCAAAAAUUCAAAAACAAAGUCAUUGUGAG